CCUGCAAGCGCUCCGCCGCGCCCGCGCCCAGCAGCCCGCGCCCGUCCCGUGCGCCCUGAGCCCCAGGCUCCCUGGGCGGCCCCAGGCGCCCCGCCACCCGCCCGCCCGACGCGCGCCGCCGCUUCUGCCGGACCCCUCCUUCCACCGGAGCCCUCUGUGGAGGACAACGCGCUCGGCGGCCGUGCCACCUCCUCCUCCCGCCGGCCCACAGCCAGGGCUGCUCACGCCGGGAAGGAGAUGACCAGGGUGUCCGGGGCGCACCCUCCUGCCUCGCUCGGCCGCACCCCGCUGGAGAAGGCGUUCUGAGCAGCCCCCCUCGGGCUCCGGCUGAGACGCCCUCCGGCCUCAGUCGUGGCCAGGACUGACCCCUGCCGUUCUGCCAGGGGCCGAGCGCCCGCUCCGAGCGCCCUCAUGGCCAGGCUUCUGCUGCUGGUUCUGUGCCUCGCUCUGGGUGUGGCUCCCGGCUGCGUGUCAGGCCUUGACCCCGAAGGGACCAGCGAGCCCCUGGGCGUGCAGACGGGCGCUCCCACGGAGGACGAGACCCUGCAGAAUGAGGCGGACAACCAGGAGAACGUGCUGUCUCAGCUGCUGGGAGACUAUGACAAGGUCAAGGCCGUGUCUGAGGGCUCAAACUGCCAGUGCAAGUGUGUGGUGAGGCCGCUGGGCCGAGACGCCUGCCAGAGGGUCAACGAGGGAGCCGCCAGGAAGGAGGACUUCUACACGGUGGAGACGGUCACCUCCGGCCCAUCCUGCAAGUGUGCCUGCAUUGCUCCGCCGUCCGCCCUCAACCCCUGCGAGGGGGACUUCAGGCUCCAGAAGCUCCGGGAAGCCGACAGCCGAGACCUGAAGCUCUCCACCGUCAUCGACAUGCUGGAAGGCGCGUUCUACGGUCUGGACCUUCUGAAGCUGCACUCCGUCACCACCAGGCUGGUGGGGCGGGUGGACAAGCUGGAGGAGGAAGUUUCUAAAAACCUCACCAAGGAAAACGAGCAAAUCAAAGAGGACGUGGAAGAAAUUCGAACUGAGAUGAACAAGCGAAGCCGGGAGAACUGCUCCCGCACCGGCCCGGACAGCGCCCCGGACCUGCGAGCGGCCCUGCAGAGGGACGCGGCGGCCGCCUACACGCGCCCCGAGUAUGCAGAGCGGCUUUUGCAGGAGGAGACGGAGUCCCAGCACAUUGGCUCCAUCGGGCCCCUGGCACCCCCCGCGGUGCUGAAGCCGCUGCGGCCACUGCACAGGCAAGUCCACCUGCGGGGCCGGCCAGCCUCCAAGCCCACCGUCAUUCGGGGCGUCACCUACUACAAAGCCAAGGACCCCGAGGACGACGACACAGACGAGCAGCAAGACGAGUUUUUCAGCGGCGACAACGGUGUGGAUUUGCUGAUUGAAGAUCAGCUCCUGAGACACAACGACCUGCUGACCAGUGUCACCCGCCACAGCGCUGCUGUGACCGCAGAUGUGGGCGCUGAGAUCACAGCCCUGCCCUCGGCGUGGCCAGAGGCCCCUCCCUCGGUGCCCCACGUCCCUACCCCUCCUGUCUCUGCCUCGGUUGAACAACUGUCGACACCGCCGCCAACCCCAUCAGUGCUUCCAGAGCCCCCGGGGGAGGCAGACCUUACACCCGCCCCGCAGGCGCCAGCCACCACCGUGGCCCACACGGCGGCCCAGCCACCUCCCACCCCAGCUUCUCCGCCAGUGGCUCCCGGGGACGCGUUUCUGGAGACGGCACACUUGGCCCCAGUGCCCCCCACGACAGGCUGGCUGGGGAAGGACACCACUGCUGGGCAGGGCACGGCCCCCACCAGCCCCACCCUGAGCCCCGAGGAGGAAGAUGACGUCCGGAAUGUCAUAGGAAGGUGCAAGGACACCCUCUCCACAAUCACGGGCCCCACCACCCAGAACACAUACGGGCGGAACGAAGGGGCCUGGAUGAAGGACGCGCUGGCCAAGGACGAGCGGAUCUACGUGACCAACUACUACUACGGCAACACCCUGGUGGAGUUCCGGAACCUGGACAACUUCAGGCAGGGCCGCUGGAGCAACUCCUACAAGCUGCCCUACAGCUGGGCGGGCACCGGCCACGUGGUGCACGGCGGCGCCUUCUACUACAACCGCGCCUUCACGCGCGACAUCAUCAAGUACGACCUGCGCCUGCGCUACGUGGCGGCCUGGGCCACGCUGCACGACGCGGCCUACGAGGCGGCCGCGCCCUGGGGCCGGCAGGGCCGCGCCGACGUGGACUUCGCCGUGGACGAGAACGGCCUGUGGCUCGUCUACCCGGCGCUGGACGAGCAGGGCUCCAGCCAGGAGGUCAUCGUGCUGAGCAAGCUGGACGCGGCCGACCUGAGCGUGCGCAAGGACGCCACGUGGCGCACCGGGCUGCGCCGGCAGCUGUACGGCAACGGCUUCGUCAUCUGCGGCGUGCUGUACGCCGUGGACAGCCGCAGCCGGCGCAACGCCAGCAUCGCCUACGCCUUCGACACGCACACGCACACGCAGAUCGUGCCGCGCCUGCUGUUCGAGAACGAGUACGCCCACGCCACGCAGGUGGACUACAACCCCAAGGACCGGCUGCUCUACGCCUGGGACAACGGCCACCAGGUCACCUACCACGUCAUCUUCGCCUACUGACGCCCGGGCCGCGCGUGCGGACGUGCGGGGGCGGUGGCACCGCGCGCGUGCGUGUGCGUGAGCGGGGGCGGGGGCGGGCGGGUGUGUGCUGUCCAGAAAAUAUAUAUUAUUUUGUAUAAUGUAAAAUGACGACCGGGGUCUAUUUUUUUUAUACGGGUUGUAGAUCAAUCCGUGCGUGUAUGUGCUGGCUCAUCCUCCACGUUUCUAUUUUUGUGCAAACGAACUUCUGACCGGUGCCUGCCCUCCGCCCGGCCCUCUGCCCCGCAGCUCCCAGGGCCGGACGCUGCCUCGGUUUCCGCCUGGCCUUGCAGGCAGAGGCGUGGGGAGCUGGGGUGAAGGAGGCAAGAAGGAAGCGCUAAGGGGCGGGAAAACAUUAUGUACUGGAGAAGUUUUAAAAACCCAGAAAAAUGCUUUUUUUAAUAAAGAAGAAAUUUAAAAUCA